CCUUAGGAGGAGGAGGAGGAGGAGAGGAGCCCAUCGGAGCCUCCAAAGUCCCGGAGACUCAGAGGAGGACAGAAACUUUUACGCGCAGGUUCUCUUCAGUCCCAGAGGCACUCACCAUCAGUUCAGCGCUGCGGGAAACGAGGCGAAAGAGACGCUGCUCUCCUUCACAACUGGAAUCAAGUUUAAAAACUUUUAAAGCCAAAAAAUACAAAAAAAUGAAGCCACUAAUAUUUUUCUGCCUGUUGGUUUCAUGUGUGGACAUCUGUGGAAGUCAGACAGACUGCACAGGUGUAGCCUGUCCCGAUCUACAGAACUGUAUUGACAGCACUUUGGAGAAAGGUGCCUGUUGUCCCAAAUGUACACAAAGGGGCUGCGCCUGCGAGGGCUACCAGUUUUACGAUUGCGUCCAUGCAGGCUUCCAGAAAGGGAAAGUCCCGGAGGGGGAGUCGUACUUUGUGGAUUUCGGAAGCACGGAAUGCUCCUGUCCUCAGGGAGGAGGGAAGAUAAGUUGCCGCUUUAUUCCCUGCCCAGAAAUCCCCGCCAACUGCAUCGACGUUUCCCAACCUGCAGAUGGAUGUCCGCAGUGUGCGCGCCUCGGCUGCAGCCACGGCAGCAGGAAGUACGAGGCGGGACAUUCCUUUCAGGUGGGCCAGUGCCAGGUUUGUCACUGUCCCAACGAAGGGGGCAAGUUAAUGUGCUCCCCCGUCCCUGACUGUGACCUUGGCGGCGUUGGUAAGCCCACUGAGAACAACAGUGGUCUGAGGGACGUGAGCAGCGGUCCCGACACACAACAGGGAACUCUUGCCGAGCAGUUCUCCAAGCUCACGCUGGCAAACACUCUUCCUCUGUAUAAGCAGGACCCACCCAGUUUUGGCUCGGAGGAUUAUGACUACUCGCUGGCAGAGCCGACAUCUUCCACCGCUCAAACUCUGGCUCGAUCAGCGGAGUCUACUGCGGCACCUCCAGCUCACCCUGAGACGAGCUCUGCCGCCUUUAUCUCUCAUGACCACUGGAUAAAUGAGCUGAGGGAACAAAGCCCAUCUACAGCGAGGCACGCCGAGGAUAAAGUCAUACAAAACACAUAUUCGGCCACUACAGGGGCUCAUAACGAUGCAUCAAUGUUAACACCGACUGCAGCCACACAGAGAGUGGACACAGGGACCCACAGGCCGCAACAGGAAACUGGAAAAAAGGCAGCGAGACAUAACAGUCACAGAAACACAAAGGUUGGUCACGUUGACCCGCAGAGGCAAAGUCAGGGUAAACGUGCAAGGAAUCACAGCCGUUCCCAUUCCAUCAGCCACCAAGAAAAAGUGCAAGUGGAACCAAGCAUUGGCAACAAUGAGCAGAGCUCAGACCCCCCAGUCCAUUUCAGUCCCACCAGCACAGCUCCAAUCAAGACGGAGGAGGACAGCGAGGGGCCUCGGAGACGACCGCAAACCCUCCUCGACUCCCAGCCUCAGGAAGUGAAGGAAGACUCUGAAGUGUCAGUCAGAGAGCUGGUGAGGAGCUGCUGUGAGACCGGAGAGAAGUGGGCUUCUGUUAAAGGCCACUGCAACAACAUGGAGCCACCCGCUAAAGACCGCCACUCCGUUUGCUGGACUGCCCAACAACAGUGCUGCUUGGGUUCUCUGAAGGAAAGCCAGUGCUCGGCGGGAAUGAAUGCAGCCCGAGCAGGAAGUGUGUGUGAGGAGGACACAGACAGGAAAUGUGGGAUGAAUUCCUAUCAGGAGUGCUGUGGCUGCUGCUCUCUUGGACUGCAGUUCCUGAAAGCGGGCCUUCGCUGUGAAGCCCACCGGCACAUGGGUUUCCACUGCCAACAUGUCUUUUUGACCUGCUGUGGGGGAGAGGAGGAGGGGAGGCACGUCGUCAGAGAGAGGCCUGCUCUGGACUCCACCCCACCUCCGAGAAAAGUCUCAGACAGCCCCUACCCUAAAGAAGCCUUCUCCAUCGGAGCGGUGGGGGAUGGAGAGAACGCCGUGGAAGCUCCUGUUGAAGUGGAGGACAUGGACGAAUGCCUGAUAUAUGCGGACAUCUGCCACCACAGAUGCGUCAACACACCUGGCUCCUACCGGUGUGAGUGCUUCCCUGGGUACGUGCUGCAGGAGAACGCGUUCACGUGUGCACAAGAGGUUGUGGACGAGGAGAACAAACUGCGUGAGGAUGACAGAGAGGAGACCACCUCACCACUUUCAGCUCCCCACCAGCCUGCUGUCCCAUUCGACCCCUGCGAAGGAAACGACAUCUGUGAGCAGCAGUGCACCCCGGUGGCUGGAAGGCCACACUGCUCCUGUUCUCCGGGCUUCUCCCUCCGAGCCGACGGACGCUCCUGCGAAGACGUAAACGAGUGUUUGUCUCCUGGCGCCUGCCAGUUUAAUGAGCGCUGCGUGAAUACCGCGGGGAGUUAUGCCUGUCAGAGACUGAUCACCUGCCCCCCUGGAUACCAGAUCAACGGUGACAUUUGCAAAGACAUCAACGAGUGCAUACAGGGAACCCACAGCUGCGGAGCCGGCUUCCAGUGUGUCAACACAGAGGGUUCGUUCAGGUGCAACCCCAAACCCUCCUGCCCCGCUGGCUUCAGACGGGGCACACAGGGCAACUGUGUCGACAUUGACGAGUGUAAUGCUUCGACCCAGCCGUGUAGCGCAGGGUUUAACUGCAUCAACACGGCGGGCUCGUUCACGUGCACCAGGAAGAUAAUGUGCAGCCGAGGAUAUCAUGCCAGUCCCGACGGAUCCAGAUGUGUUGAUGUGAACGAGUGUGAGACCAGCCUGCAUCGCUGUGGAGAGGGUCAGCUGUGCCAGAAUCUGCCCGGCUCCUACCGCUGUGAGUGCCGGACAGGAUACCAGUUUGACUCGAUGAGGAGGACGUGCGUAGAUGUAAAUGAGUGCUGGCGCUUCUCCGGCCGUCUCUGUGCCCAGACCUGCGAGAACACCCCGGGCUCCUACCAGUGCUCGUGCACCUCUGGUUUCCGCUUAUCUGCUGAUGGCAAGAGCUGCGAAGACGUGAACGAGUGUCUGACCAGCCCGUGCAGUCAGGAGUGCGCCAACAUCUACGGCUCCUACCAGUGCUACUGCAGAAAGGGUUACUUCCUGCGAGAAGAUGGGCUGACGUGUGCAGACUUUGAUGAAUGCUCGCAGAGCAUCGGCCAUCUGUGCACCUACAAGUGUGUGAAUGUUCCCGGCAGCUACCAGUGUGCCUGCCCUGAAUACGGAUACACCAUGUCUCCGAGCGGGCUCUCCUGCAGCGAUAUUGAUGAGUGCGCUACAGGGGCUUAUAACUGUUCUCUCACUGAGACCUGCUACAACAUCCAGGGAGGGUACCGCUGCCUGUCUCUGGCCUGUCCCCUGAACUACCGCAAAGUGUCGGACACGCGCUGUGAGCGGAUCAGCUGUCCCGCCCCCCUGGAGUGUCAGAACUCUCCGGUGAGAAUCACCUACUACUACCUCAGCUUCCAGUCCAACAUCGUCGUCCCCGCUCAGAUAUUCCGCAUCGGCCCCUCCCCCGCCUACUCCGGGGACAACGUCAUCGUGACCAUCACGCACGGCAACGAGGGAGCCUACUUCAGCACCAGGAAGCUGAACGCCUACACGGGCGCCGUGUACCUGCAGCGGCAGGUCCAAGCUCCCCGGGAUUUUCUCGUCACUGUGGAGAUGAAGCUGUGGAGGCAGGGCAAGUUCACCACGUUCCAGGCCAGGAUCUACGUCUUCAUCACAGCCAACUUGCUCUAACAGGUGCUGGGUGUUGAACUCAGCUUCUCUGGUCACUUUUGAACAGCACCACUGUAUGUUUGAACACUUCUUGCUUUCAGUCAAAAUAUUACUAUUUUCCCCCUGUAAAUCUAAAGAGGUUAAAUAUUCAAAAGACACAUAUUAUUUCACAUCACAUUUUCCCUCAUUGAGCUCAUAAAAUCAUCCAGUUUCAUUUUCUCUUACAAGUUGUUGGAGCACAUUUCAUAAUUUAACCAACAUGCAUAUCAUCCACCACCUUGAAUGCCAAAAAAAAAAAAAAAAAAAAAAAAAAUUAAAAACUUUUGCAACCUGUUAGCACUCAGAUUAUGUGAGGUAGAUGACCCUCAGCUACUACUGCACCAAACCUUAGC